AUGUCGGACCACGCAAAAGAAAAGGACAAGAUAGAAGGUCUCGAGGACCCGCCCCCUCGAGUGUUGUCUAAUGACCAUCCCACCCAGACGCUGGCGGAAAAUGUUUCUUCGAGCGUUAGUGACGGCUCGGGGGAACCCACCAAAGAGAUCCACUACGGUGGAAAGCGUGAACUCACAGACGACGAGUGCUACGACAAACUCGGUUUCUGCUUCCCCGGGUGGAAGAAGUGGAUGAUUCUCUCUGUUAUUUUCGUGGUCCAGAUGUCCAUGAACUUCAACACGGGUGUCUACGCCAACGCUAUCCCGGGACUUACAGAGGAGUUUGGCAUUAGCGAACAGGCUGCCCGCGUGGGCCAGGCUGCUUUCCUUGUGGCCUAUGCAUUUGGCUGCGAGCUCUGGGCUCCCUGGAGUGAGGAGCUGGGGCGUUGGCCCAUUAUGCAGCUCAGUUUGUUUCUGGUAAAUAUAUGGCAGAUUCCCUGCGCCGUUGCUCCUAACUACGCAACCAUCGUGGUGUGCCGUAUCCUCGGUGGUCUCAGCUCGGCUGGUGGCUCCGUCACUCUCGGUAUGACCGCUGAUAUGUGGGAGGCGGAAGACCAAGGCUUUGCAGUGGCCUUCGUCGUGCUCUCCUCAGUUGGUGGCUCGACGGUGGGCCCGUUCUUUGGCGGCUUCAUCGGCGAGUACCUUGACUGGCACUGGGUCUUCUGGAUCCAGUUGAUUUUUGGUGUGGUCACCCAAGUUAUGCACUUUUUUAUGGUCCCCGAAACACGAGCGACCAUCCUGAUCGAUCGCGAGGCCAAGCGGCGGCGUAAGUCUGGGGAAGCCGACGUCUAUGGCCCUUCUGAGGUGAGUCCUGGGUUGGACGCGAAGGAGGUACUCCGCAUCUGGCGCCGGCCGUUCGAGAUGUUCAUCCGCGAGCCGAUCGUCCUGUUUCUGUCGCUUCUGUCGGGUUUCUCAGACGCCCUGAUCUUCGUAUUUACCGCCUCCUUCCCCCUGGUGUUCCAACAAUGGGACUUCAGCGUCCUCGCCGUCGGUAUGACAUUCGGCGCGAUCCUCCUUGGGUACAUCAUCGCCUACGCCAUCUUCCUGCCGGACGUGUGGCGACAGAUGACGGUUCGCCACGCGAAGGGCGGUGGAGCGCGACUACCUGAACGCCGUCUCCUUCUCCUCCUCUUCAUCUGCCCCCUCGAGCCCAUCGGCCUGUUGGGCUUUGCCUGGACCACCAUGGGCCCCGCGUACACCCCGUGGAUCGCCCCCCUCAUCUUCGCUUGUUUAAUCGCCAUGGCGAAUUACGGCAUCUACAUGGCUACCAUCGACUACAUGGUGGCCGCCUACGGACCUUACUCUGCCUCUGCGACGGGUGGUAACGGAUUUGCCCGUGACUUCCUGGCCGGUAUCGCGACCAUGUAUUCUACCCCGAUGUACCAGAACAUUGGCGGACGCUUCCACCUGCAGUGGGCUAGUACCCUUCUGGGCUGCGCGGGCGUGCUGGUCAUGAUCCCGAUCUAUGUCUUCUACUGGAAGGGCCCUGAGAUUCGCGCGCGCAGCAAGUUUGCGCAGACUCUGGAAGCAGACCGACAGCGACAUGCGGAGCGACGGGCCAGCCAGGCGUUUGGCAGCCGUCGUCCGAGCCAUAUCUCGGCGGAUGAAAAGCCCUUUGGUAGCUGA